CUCUCUCACAUCUCGCUGUCGAGCACCUUGACACUUGAGCAGUAUGGCCGUCUUCGACGAUGUGCACUAUAUUCUUUCCUCUUCUAUACCGGCCGAACAGCGUAAGGAACUUUCGGGCUUGCUAGACCUUAAUGGCGCAACGAGCGCACCACCACACACCCACCUUAUUGCCCUUGCUGGAUCGUACACUCAGCACGAACACGCGGGAUCUUUGCAUGUAGUAUCAGGAAUGUGGGUACAGCGGAGCAUAGUUCUUGGAAAGCUUCAGCUUGAACAGUACUAUUCACCUGAUCCAACAAUGAUUUUUUCGGGUAUCGUUGCCUGUGCCACCGAUCUCUCCCCAUCGGACCUCGAAGUUCUCUCAGCAGGGAUCACGUCGCUAGGAGGACAAUGGCGAACGGGCCUAACGCGGGAUGUGACACAUCUCUUUGCAUUGCAUGAACAAAGUGAAAAGUACCAGACUGCCAUGCAUUUUGCGCCACACACCCACAUGUCGGUCCUUACACCGCAUUGGUUCGAUGACUCAGUUCGCGUUGGACGUCGUGUACCUGAAGGUCCUUACUUAUGGCCUGAUCCAAAGGUAUUGCAACCUGGCGUCCAGGUUACAAUGGACGAGGAUGAUGUAGAAAUUGGAGAAAGUGGGAAAAGAAAGAGAAAAAAGAGUGGCGAGACAGGAUUGAGCAGUCCUAUGGCUACGGAGGAAGUAGAGCGCAGAGAAGGGAUCAAUGUGUGGGCAGGAAGGAGAUUAUUAUUGUCUUGCUCGCUGGAAUUGGGACAAGGCCAUCGUGAAGCUGUGGAGGCGAAUAUACAGAGAGCGGGUGGAACUGUUGUCAAGGUCAAAGGCACUAGCACAAAUGAGGAAGCACAAGAGAACGAGGAAGCGACACUUGUAGAUGAAUGCGAUGUUUUCGUCACGCGGUACCGCUCUGGGAAGGCAUACUUCAAGGCGGCCCGUUCAUCUCGUCCGAUUUUGGUCGGAAACUUGACUUGGAUGUUUCACGUUGAUGCGUCUGGCACGCUGAAUGAUCCCCAUGAUAGUUUGCUGUGGUACCCAGUUCCAAGAGGAGGUAUUCCUGGUUUGAACGAAUGCGAAAUCACCGUCACCAAUUAUACUGGUGCCGCGCGAGAUUAUUUGAAGAAACUUAUUCAAAUCAUGGGCGCAAGGUUCACGCCAAGUAUGAGCCAGAGCAACAAGGUUCUGGUAGCUGGCUAUUCUCCUUCACCUAAAACGCAGCGAGCAGUUGCGUGGUCGAUACCAAUAGUCAAUCAUACUUGGCUCGAAGAUUGUUUUAUUGCAUGGAAGAACCUUACUGUCGGUGUUGAUAAAUACAUUCUCUUUCCCACCGGCGUCGAUUUUGGGAAGAUGCUCAUGACCCCAAUUGGUGGCACAAGUGCGAGCUCUAUUUAUACGGCGUCAGGGGGACCUGUUCCAGGCGGCCGGGGAGUCGGUCCCAUUGAUAUUGACUCAGAGGAGCAAAGGGAUGCGGAGUACCGUAGGGGAAUGGUCAAUGGGGCGGAGCCCAUCACCUCAUCCAGAGAGACCCCCAGAUCAAACGCCAAAGUCAAGACACCAUCCAGCAAGUCGAAGCCAAAGGACAUCGAUGAUGAUGGUAGCUCACCUCCAAAAACACCCCAGUCAAAGCGGAAGCGUAAUGCUCUCGCUGCUCACCAAACCACGGAUACGAAUGCGGGAGACGUUAGAGAGGUGGAAAUUGCUGUUAAUUUCGGCGAUGACGAGGAUCUCAACGUUAAUGACGCUGGUGAUAUAGCGGCCAGCGUGGUUAUGGAUGUCGACGAUGAACAUGUUUCCCCUUCCAAGACACUGAGACAUCAGAAGCCGAAGCCGAAAUCCUCAGGGAAGUUGAAGAAAUCGCUAGAUCAGCAACUAACUCUUGAAGACGAGAGCGGCUCUGGUGAUGUUGUGGAGGUGUACGAAGGGCUAAUCGACGAGAGCUCUGCGGAUGACACAGCUCCCCUCAAGGCUGAGACCAAAGCUAGUGGGAAGUCUAAAAAUCUCUCUAAAUCAAAGGAAAAGACUGAGCCUCACAAAUCUGGUCGUCCAUCUCCUCGCGAGCGUUCCAACUCUGCGUCAACCCAUCUAAGCAGGCCAAUCCACAAGUCCUCGACACCAAUAAAGACAGGAAUGAAACCGAAGCCUAAGCCGAAGGAAACUCCUCAACGCGCCUCAUCCUUGUCUGAUGAUGAUGAUGAUGAAAUUUUUGCCCGGCCUGUAAAGCAUCACUCUGCUACAUCCAGUGCCAAAGUAAGAGCAAAAGAGCCGGAGAAGGAGCCGCUGACUACGUCCUCAAAAGCCGCCAAGGAGAAACAGAAUGCUCGCGCUCGAUCUCCACCUCUUUCUAUUACCCGCUCACCCUUCGCCUCCUUAUCCGUGCUCAUUCCACCUCUACUGAAAGACUACUUGUCUCCAAGCCCACGCAAGGACACGCCCACGAACAAAGAAGGAAGGUCAGAGCUUACUAGAACGAACUCCAUUCAUGCAUCUGCUGCCGAGGCGUCAACAAGUGGAUCCAAGCGUGGACGUCCUUCGCUAUCGAAACCUUCAACUUCAACACCUCUUAUGAAGAAAAAGUCGAAGUCCAAAGCGCGUAAUCAGUCAGAAUCGGAACACGAGGCUGAGGUUUCCGUGGUUCUGGAUACUUCUACCUCACGUGGUUUACCAAAGCGCAGUGCUGCCAACAAAGCGACGAGCAAACUGAGAGAUGAAAUUAUGCCCGACGUCGUUAAUUACGAGAAGGAGCGCAAGAACGCCAAGCGAAGGCAUAGCUCCGGUCUCAAUGACUCUUUCAUUCCCCUGCGUGACAAAGAGGAAGACACGGACGAUGAAGCAGAGGUCGAGGACAUCAUUUCUUCAUCUAUUCCUCGAACAAAGUCAAUGUCGAAGACGGGCACAACUGAGGGCAAGGGUACGAAGAAAAGAGCGGAAGAGGGAACGAGUAUUGACGAAGCCGAGCCGUCUAAGAGAAAGGGCGCGAGGGCGAUUCAGAACAAAAACGUAUCGCAUGCCAACGAUAGUUCUGGCCCCUCUCAAGAAUCUGGAGCAGUCAGGGUGAUGACGACGGGCAUCCAGCUGACUGACGACACUAUUAAGAGGUUGAAUAAAUUGGGCGCAAAGAUGACAACCAAACCCAACGACUGCACGCACCUCAUCGCAAAGGGAAUAGUCCGUACGGAGAAGUUCUUAUGCGCUAUCGCAAGUUCCCCGUUUGUGUUAACAGAAGGAUGGGUCAAUUCGAGCGUGCGAAGUGGCAAACUUCUACCGGAAACGGACUUUUUGAUAUCUGACCCCGAAUCGGAACGGAAAUGGAACUUCAAGCUCUCCGCUUCUCUCGAGCGCGCUAAACGUGAAGACGGAGGGGAGGGCUUGCUGAAAGGGAUGACAUUUUAUGUGACCCCCAAAGUCGAGAUUGACUUGAAGUUGCUCAAAGCUGUCAUAGCAUCUGCUGGUGGUCAGGUUCAGACAUCCAAGCCGACGACUCGGAUACUAAAGGCGAACAAAAACCGUCACGUGAUCUCUUGUCCAGCAGACCAAUCGAUCUGGCGACCAUUGGUCGAGGAAGGAUAUACUAUAUAUUCCACGGAGCUCAUCCUGCUAGCCGUACUUACUCAGGAAAAACGGUGGAAGGAUGACAACUGCAUCGUUUCCAAGCCUUCCUCGUAAGGUACAUGUAGAAUACACUCAUCUUCUCAUUCUCGAAGUGUCAUCAUACAAACAGACUAGCCAGCUCACGUUUCACAGCUUCCGAAAAGAUACACUAGAUGCAAUGAUCAAUCAGCCCUUAUACUAAUUCUUGGCUAAGUCAAUCAUACGAGUCUU